UUCCCGGCUCGCCCGUUUGGAAACUGAUCAUCAAGAGCGCCCAACCCGACGACGCUGGUUACUACAUGGCUCAAAUCAACACGGACCCGAUGAAGAGUCAAAUGGCUUAUUUAUCGGUUAUGGAACCGCCCAAUAUUGACGACGAGGCUACGCCGAGUAUCAGGCAAAUCCGAGAGAAUGAAUCGGUUGACCUCCAUUGUCAGGCCAGCGGCCAGCCCAUGCCGAACAUAACAUGGAAGCGAGAAGACGGCACAAACAUCAGUCAUGAUUCCUGCCGCAAUUUGAAUGAUAACAACAUUCAACAACAACAAAAAGAUCUGUCGCUAACCGUCCCGACUACCAUCCGGGCAGAAAAACCAUUAGUGGGAGCUCCCGCUGGAGUCAAUGGCGUAGGGCUGGAGUGUAUUGUUGAAGCUUCGCCCAUGACUCAUCACCUCUUCUGGUACAAAGGCAAUUACUCACUCGGUUCAACACAACGCUAUUCUUUGACGGUACAAAAUAUCAACAUCUACACUAUUAAGAUGACGUUGGCUAUUCUAAAUCUACGUGAGGAAGAUGCCGGUCUCUACCGGUGCCAAGCGGGAAAGAGCGAAGCAACAAUCCGCCUCUAUAUACACACUCCACUGACUACAACGACACAGUCAACAACUGUUGAAUGGACCAGCAUUGCAACUGAAACAGCGCCAUGGAAACAGAGGCCGGCCAGAACUAAUAGCCCCAGCAAUAAACUAUUUAGUCAAACUUCUAAUAUGGUCACGACGGAAGCUUAUAGGUCGGUGACACUCUAUCAACACACCUCCUCUGAUGAAGCUGAUGUUUUUACUAGCAGUAAAAAACCCGCACAAGACGUCAUUUACAAAAACCUAUCUUUCCAUAGAGGCCAAUCUAGUAGUUCACCCAAAUUGUUUCACAGAGGUGAUUUGGUUCUUCUCGUGUAA